UCUGCUUUUUCCUCUUCCAGAAGCCUUGGAGGAGACGCAGCCUCCUCCGGCCCAACCCCCGUUCAUGAUCCCCAGGAAGGAAAUCAACAUGGUUCCCGACAUGGCCAAGUGGAAGCGCUCUCAGGCGUAUGCUGACUACAUUGGCUUCAUCCUCACCUUGAACGAAAGCAUCAAGGGAAAGAAGUUGACCUGCGAAUAUAAAGUCUCGGAGCCCAUCGAAAAGCUCGUCGCGCUCCUCAACACACUGGAUCGGUGGAUCGAUGAGACGCCCCCCAUGGAUCAGCCUUCUCGCUUUGGGAACAAAGCUUUCCGGACGUGGUACGGAAAACUGGACCAGGGGGCGGAGUCCUUGGUGGCAACGGUCAUCCCCAAACAGCAAGCGGAUGCCGUGCCCGAGGUGGCUGUGUACUUGAAAGAGUCCGUUGGCAAUUCGACUCGCAUCGACUAUGGCACAGGCCACGAAGCGGCCUUCGCUGCCUUCCUUUGCUGCCUUUGCAAAACCGGCGUCCUCCGGCUGGACGAUCAGCUGGCCAUUGUCUUCAAAGUGUUCAACAGGUACUUGGAGGUGAUGCGGAAACUCCAGAAAACCUACCGGAUGGAGCCAGCUGGCAGCCAAGGGGUCUGGGGUCUGGAUGACUUUCAGUUCCUCCCCUUCAUCUGGGGAAGCUCUCAAUUGAUUGAUCACCCCAACGUGGAACCUCGGCACUUUGUGGAUGAGAGGGUGGUGAACGAGCACCACAAGGACUACAUGUUCCUCGAAUGCAUCCGCUUCAUCACAGAGAUGAAGACAGGGCCCUUCCCUGAGCACUCCAACCAGCUGUGGAACAUCAGCGCCGUCCCUUCGUGGUCCAAAGUCAACCAGGGGCUCAUCCGGAUGUACAAAGCCGAGUGCCUGGAGAAGUUCCCCGUCAUUCAGCACUUCAAAUUCGGCAGCCUGCUUCCUAUCCAGCCUGUCACACCUUAAAGGAGCUCUGUUGGUGAUGGGACCGAGGGGG